UCCUUCAGGGAGACACGUUUAUUCACUGAUCACAAGCAAAGUACAAACGCUCACCAGCGAUUGCAAUCACACGGGGAACUCUCCUCAACAUGCAAGUCGAGGCCCAGAAACCACACCCCUCACAUUAAGAUUCAAUCUUUUAUACCCAGAUCUCGUCACAGGUGCAUAUCCCCCCCCCCCCCCCCCCCAUGAGAUCUCCUUGACUCUUAUCUUCUCAUGAGAAUUCCCUCUUACCCCCGGGUGGGGCUGUCUGUUGGCCGUGCCUCUUGGUAUGUGUAAAUACUGAUAACAUGAAUACCGUCAGGCGUGUAGCUGCCCUUGAGCUGCAGACACAAUAUCUCUCUCUCCUCACAGGCAAAGUGCGUCUCUUCUGAUGUUUUGCCGGAACCUAGACAUUACGAUUGAAUUCCACCUCUUCCCCGACCCGGGCAAGCAGCCAUGGUCCAGAGCCCCCAUGUGGAUCCUUGUGGUUUCCGUCCUGGCUGGAGUCUCCCUUCUGGCUGUGAUCUGCCUGCUGCUCUGGAAGUGCGGGUUCUUCGUGCGUGGCGGUGCGUGGCGUGACGCGGCGCUCCACCAGGGGAGGAUUAUGGGUAAAGACGAGCAGCAGCAGCUUCGUGACUCUGACGAUUUCCUGAUCCAAGACCAAGUCUACUCAUCCAGAACCAGAAAGGCACCCAAACAAUGGGUCACCUCCUGGACUGAGAAGCACACAAAGCGGACCAACACAGCCUGAACCGGACCAACACAGCCUGAACUAACACAGCCUGAACCGGACCAACACAGCCUGAACCGGACCAACACAACCUGAACCGGACCAACACAGCCUGAACCGGACCAACACAGCCUGAACCAACACAGCCUGAACCAACACAACCUGAACCGGACCAAACGAGCCUGAACCAACACAACCUGAACCGGACCAACACAGCCUGAACCGGACCAACACAGCCUGAACCAACACAGCCUGAACCAACACAACCUGAACCGGACCAACACAACCUGAACCGGACCAACACAGCCUGAACCAACACAACCUGAACCGGACCAACACAACCUGAACCGGACCAAACGAGCCUGAACCAACACAACCUGAACCGGACCAACACAGCCUGAACCAACACAACCUGAACCGGACCAAACCAGACUAACACACUGCCAUGUAGAACCUGCUGGACUCUCUUGGUCCAGCUGGUCCUGUUGCCAUGAUGACUGUCAGGGACGCGUUUCAUUGGUCGUCACUGAUCAGCAGGUUUGAUGGAUCAAUGGAAAGAUUGAUUUGGUGAAGUGGUCACAGUUAAAGGGCCAGCGCGCCUUUAGCAACCAAACAUGGCCACGCUGCCUUCAGGGCCGCCUCGUGGUGCGUUCAGGUGCUAAAGGAUCCUUUGGUUUUUAUUUUAGAAAUCUAAGGCCGAUCCCAUCCACGCCUCCUGUCUGUCUCUGGAGCCACAGGGGCUCUGGUUCUUCUGGACCUCUCACCAAGGCUCAGUCUGGCUGGACCGGUCCAGGAAGAGUUUUGGAGGCCCCUGUGCUCUGAGGAACCUGCUGCAGACCUUCUGGUGGGACCUGGUCCAGGUCUGAGCCUUAGUCCUGUCUCUGAACCUGGUCCAGGUCCUUCGUGGUCCUCAUUGGCUCUGCCACACAGAGCUGUCAGGUCUCCUAGACCGGCAAGACCUCAUCAAGUCCAUCACGCUCAACACAGCUGGACUCAAUGAAGGACUAGACCACCUCAAGGGGGACCACCUCAAGGGGGACCACGAGACAUGGACAGCAUGUUCAGUAUGAGUUACAAGACUGAGGAUAUAUACAGGACUGUCUCAGAAAAUUAGAAUAUUGUGAUAAAGUUCUUUAUUUUCUGUAAUGCAAUUAAAAAAACAAAAAUGUCAUGCAUUCUGGAUUCAUUACAAAUCAACUGAAGUAUUGCAAGCCUUUUAUUCUUUUAAUAUUGCUGAUUAUGGCUUACAGCUUAAGAAAACUCUAAAAUCCUAUCUCAUAAAAUGUUAAUAUUUCCUCAGACCAAGUAAAAAAAAAGAUUUAUUACAGCUGAGUGUUUGUCAAGGCUCAGGAAACCCUUGCAGGUGUUUCGAGUUAAUUAGACAAUUCAAGUGAUUUGUUUAAUACCCUACUAGUAUACUUUUUCAUGAUAUUCUAAUAUUUAGAGAUAGGAUAUUUGAGUUUUCUUAAGCUGUAAGCCAUAAUCAGCAAUAUUAAAAGAAUAAAAGGCUUGCAAUAUUUCAGUUGAUUUGUAAUGAAUCCAGAAUGCAUGACAUUUUUGUUUUUUUGAUUGCAUUACAGAAAAUAAAGAACUUCAUCACAAUA